UUUGCUGAAAUAAGCGGCCCAUGUGCAGUGCUUUUUCUUUCUUCCAAUGGCGUACAGAGAGAGCAGAGGCAGAGAGAUUGUGGUAUGUUUCACACUUUUAGUUGUUGCCAGAUCCUUUUGCCACUGUGCUCGAUUGACAAAACUUAAGGCAAUGGAUGAAUUAAGAGGAAACUCAACACUUGACAAAGGUCAAUCUGAAGGAAUUAAUGUGCACCACGGGAGGCUCUUAAUAGGACAAACUCCUAAGGCCACAAAGAACUUGCUGGAUGUUGAUGCAGAUCAUCAAAAGGACAUGGGUUGGAGUGAGCCCAUGCACCUUCAAGGAUGGGGAGAUGGUUUUUCUAAGCCAAAUUUAAAGCCCGAGAGUGCAGCGAUAGAUCGUCUCCUUAAAAUGGAUCCAAAGGUUGAAUGUACGGGAGACUCCAUGACACUUCAAGUCCAAGAUUCUACUUCUUCCCCUGGAUCUCUGUUCUUUGUGGACAGGGGAAGUCGACUCUCUCCUCUGCCGCUGUCCAAGUUGCCACCAAGCUGUGGCUACUCAAUUAGGUCUACACUGAGAGAUCUGGUCUUAGUUGCACCUUAUGAUGGUUGCUUUGUUACUCUUGAGGAGGAUUGCUACGUUCUUCUUUUGCGUUGGUUGGGGUUACCAGUGAGGAUGUCGUGCCCUUUGAUGAGGCGGUCUUCACCUAACCCUCCGAUGGUCGCCUGCCAUGCUCAGGGCAUGGUUGUGAAAAUGGGAUGGACUGUAUCCAUUGCUCAAAUUAAAGUGAAUUUGUUUGGUAACUGGGAGCCACUGAUGAAGGCUUCAACCAGAUGUGGGUUCAGUGUAGUUGUACAUCCAGAGGGUGUGGUCAUCUCUGUUAGCUAUGCACCCUGCCUGGAGAAAAAGGAUGAAAUGUACACCCUUGAAUUGACUGGAGAGGGAGAAACUCUAAUAUCCUGUCCAUCACUGUCACCAGGUCAAACUGAACACACAAGGCCCACUGAUGGUCUGAAACCACAAACUGAAACCCCAAGAAAAGGGGUUUAUCCCUCCACGCCAUUUCUGAUAAAUCCGACACAAUCUGCUACUCCCCAGGUAACCGCAUUUAUAGAAGAACCCUCUGCAAAGCCUCCAGUCACCCAACAGCCAACUGGUCAAGAUGCACUGUUUUACCCUUAUCCAUUCUAUGUUAAACCACCUAAUCCUAACCGUGUCCCGCCUGCACACACACCAGAACUUGAAACCCCUGAGAAUUUGUCACCUACCUUACUUGUUCCGAAGAACCAAGAGCCACUGCACCCUGAAGCUCCUCGAGGCCAUGUAAAGCAGCACCUUUAUCUCUUCCCCUUCUACCCUCAGCCAGAGCCUGAAAAGCCAACUGCUGCUCCAGAGCCUUCACAGCCUGAAGCCACUCUGGGCCAAGUAGAGCAGCCCCUUUAUCCCUUCCCCUUCUACCCUAGGCCAGAGCCUGAAAAGCCAACUGCUGCCUCAAGGCCUCCACAGCCUGAAGCCACUCGGGGCAAAGUAGAGCAGCCCCUUUAUCCCUACCUUUUCAACCCUCAGCCAGAGCCCAAAGAGCCAACUGCUGCUUCAAGGCCGCCACAGCCUGAAGCCACUCGGGGCCAAGUAGAGCAGCCCCUUUAUCCCUUCCCCUUCUACCCUAGGCCAGAGCCCGAAAAGCCAACUGCUGCUUCAAGGCCUCCACAGCCGGAAGCCACUCUGGGCAAAGUAGAGCAGCCCUUUUAUCCCUACCUUUUCUACCCUCAGCCAGAGGCCGAAAAGCCAACUGCUGCUUCAAGGCCGUCACAACCUGAAGCCACUCGGGGCCAAGUAGAGCAGCCCCUUUAUCCCUUCCCCUUCUACACUACGCCAGAGCCCGAAAAGCCAACUGCUGCCUCAAGGCCUCCACAGCCUGAAGCCACUCGGGGCCAAGUAGAGCAGCCCCUUUAUCCCUUCCCCUUCUACCCUAGGCCAGAGCCUGAAAAGCCAACUGCUGCUUCAAGGCCGUCACAACCUGAAGCCACUCGGGGCCAAGUAGAGCAGCCCCUUUAUCCCUUCCCCUUCUACACUACGCCAGAGCCCGAAAAGCCAACUGCUGCCUCAAGGCCUCCACAGCCGGAAGCCACUCGGGGCAAUGUAGAGCAGCCCUUUUAUCCCUACCUUUUCUACCCUCAGCCAGAGCCCGAAAAGCCAACUGCUGCCUCAAGGCCUCCACAGCCUGAAGCCACUCUGGGCCAAGUAGAGCAGCCCCUUUAUCCCUUCCCCUUCUACCCUAGGCCAGAGCCCGAAAAGCCAACUGCUGCUUCAAGGCCGUCACAACCUGAAGCCACUCGGGGCCAAGUAGAGCAGCCCCUUUAUCCCUUCCCCUUCUACACUACGCCAGAGCCCGAAAAGCCAACUGCUGCCUCAAGGCCUCCACAGCCUGAAGCCACUCUGGGCCAAGUAGAGCAGCCCCUUUAUCCCUUCCCCUUCUACCCUCAGCCAGAGCCCGAAAAGCCAACUGCUGCUUCAAGGCCUCCACAGCCUGAAGCCACUCGGGGCAAUGUAGAGCAGCCCUUUUAUCCCUACCUUUUCUACCCUCAGCCAGAGCCCGAAAAGCCAACUGCUGCUUCAAGGCCUCCACAGCCUGAAGCCACUCGGGGCCAAGUAGAGCAGCCCCUUUAUCCCUUCCCCUUCUACCCUAGGCCAGAGCCCGAAAAGCCAACUGCUGCUCCAAGGCCUCCACAGCCGGAAGCCACUCGGGGCCAAGUAGAGCAGCCCCUUUAUCCCUUCCCCUUCUACACUACGCCAGAGCCCGAAAAGCCAACUGCUGCUCCAAGGCCUCCACAGCCGGAAGCCACUCGGGGCCAAGUAGAGCAGCCCUUUUAUCCCUACCUUUUAUACCCUCAGCCAGAGGCCGAAAAGCCAACUGCUGCUUCAAGGCCGUCACAACCUGAAGCCACUCGGGGCCAAGUAGAGCAGCCCCUUUAUCCCUUCCCCUUCUACACUACGCCAGAGCCCGAAAAGCCAACUGCUGCUCCAAGGCCUCCACAGCCGGAAGCCACUCAGGGCCAAGUAGAGCAGGGUCUCUAUCCCUACCUUUUCUACCCUCAGCCAAAGCCUGAAAAGCCAACUGCUGCUCCAAGUCUUCCACAGCCUGACGCCCCUCAGGGCCAAGUAGAGAAGGCCUUAAACCCCUUCCCCUUCUAUUCUUUACCAAAGCCUGGCGGCAUAGUCCCACAAGACUCACCUGUUUACUGCCCUCAGUUUUGCCCAUCUGAAUUUUUAAAUUGCUGUCCACAAAUUUCAUAUCAUCACCAUCUCCAUCAAAUUAUUCCAUUUGUACCUGUUAGUCAAGAUGCCCCUUCACUCUAUCCUGGACCACUAUACCUUCCUUCCGGGGCAAAUUCUGGUUUUGGCAAUGGCUUAAGCUCUGCUCCCCUUCCUCAAGAGCCAACUGAAGUAAUGGCAAUGCAAGCUACCAUGACGUCCAUCUCUGCUCCCAUUUCAAAUCUGUCCCUUCAAUCUGGAAAUGAAAAGAUGCCACAACUUCAGCCACCAGAUGGCAACCUUGCUGCACUACCAGAUACUCAUAGCAAGCCUACAAAUCCUGAAUGGACAAUUUACCAGUAUGUUCCAAAUUCUCUAUAUCCUAAUUGGCCAUAUCUACAACAGAAUGAGGAGCUGCAGAAUUUACCACGAAGCAUAUCACCAGCUUCCUACAAUGUGCCCUCUAACCCACAAGCUCCAAGUAGUAAACAAGGAAAUCCAGUGCUAAAAUAUGAUCCAUAUACUGUACAGCCCACAAAGCAGAAAAAAGUCCAACUAUUGGGUUGGGACAUGAAUAAUCCAUCUGGGUCUUACAUCGGCCAAUAUCUUCAACAGCAUAUAAAAAAGCAGCAAAUGCCCCAAGCACACAUUUAUGACAAGUUGACGGCCCCAAACAUGUCCCAACUGCAGCCAUUGAUUGGCUCAAAGCAAUCCACUAAUCGUAGAGCGACUGUGCACUCCUAUUCUGAACCAAAGAGUAAUGUACUGCUGCAGCAGGGCCCACCAGGUAGGGAGCCUAACUAUUACAAUGACUCACCACUGCCUUCCAGUGACCUGGUUCAUGAUUCAAGCUUAAUUGCACAAACACUUGCAAAGCAUCAGUCAGGAAAAAACCCAACACUCCAAAUUGCUGGCUAAAGAAAUUUCCAAUCCCUCACCCGUCAUGUACAAGACUGCUGAUAAAUUUGGUUAAUCAUAUUAGUUAUCUCUUUGGCUGAGCCUCAUUUCAUGCCUUUGCCCCUGGGCCCUUAAUUCCGUGUGUCAUUAAAAGAUUCCUGGAGGCCCAUGACGCCUCUGGGUUCAACCAAAGGAUUCCACUUCAUGUUCCAGGAAAUGCAUUUCAACGAAAGGACUCUGAAACUGACAACCAAGCUAAUGGUAUUUCAAAUUGAUUCUCAAAAUGUUUUACGCUAGUCUCCAGGACUAAUGUGUAUCUCUUGCAGGACUGAACUAGCCUUUCAGUG